AAGGCCCAAAAGAGCCCGAGGAGAUACGUGUGUUUUGAUUGAUUAGGGCAAAACGAGGCAUCUCUCUCUCUCUCUGUGCCUGCAUCAAACGGAAGCCACCUUCGACUGCCACCGAUUCUUGUCGAACUCUCAAAAGCUGUAAGCGACGAAGUCCCAAGGCAGAGAAAAUUGUGAAAUCAAUUCCGAAGCCUCAUACUCUCUCGGCUUUCGAUUUCUCUGAAGUGGGACAUUAUUACAGUUUGUAACAAACGUGGUAUCGAACUCGGGUGAAGCUAUUCCUAGAUAUUGAUAUUGGCAUCCCUGACAAAGUCAUGGCUGUCCAGAAGAAGUUUCGGAUGAUUACCUACUCGGAAGAGAUUAUAGAUGGACUGCCAAUCUAUGUUUCUUCGAAUUGCCUUCCCGCCAAGGCUUUAAGAUAUGAACCUGCUGGGCAUGCUUUCAACACUGCUGCUCUUAGACUCCUUGGUUGUGAGGAGGAGAAAGCUGAAGGUGGUGAUGAUCAAAAGGUAGUAGACGAUAAGGAACAGACCUAUGUGCCAUCGUCUGAUUCUUAUAGUAGCAAAGGUAAAAAGAAAGCUGGUUCCGGAGAAAAGCAACAAGAUCACUAUGCAUUAUUGGGUCUGAGCCAUUUAAGAUAUCUUGCUACUGAGGAACAGAUACGAAAAAGCUACCGUGAGACUGCCUUGAAGCAUCAUCCUGACAAACAGGCUGCCCUUCUUCUUGCUGAGGAAACAGAAGCUGCAAAAGAAGCCAAGAAGGAUGAAAUAGAGAGCCAUUUUAAGUCUAUCCAGGAAGCAUAUGAGGUGUUAAUUGAUCCGGUCAAGAGGAGAAUUUAUGAUUCCACUGAUGAGUUUGAUGAUGACAUCCCCGUUGACUGUGCCCCACAGGACUUCUUCAAGGUGUUUGGUCCAGCUUUCUUGAGGAAUGGGAGGUGGUCGGUUAACCAACCAGUCCCAUUGUUAGGCGAUGACAAUACUCCAUUAAAAGAAGUUGAUAGUUUCUAUAACUUUUGGUACAGCUUCAAAAGUUGGAGAGAAUUCCCACAUGAUGAUGAGUUUGAUCUCGAGCAAGCCGAGUCUCGUGACCAUAAGCGGUGGAUGGAGAGGCAGAAUGCAAAACUUACUGAAAAGAAUAGGAAGGAAGAAUCUGCACGGAUGCGUACUCUUGUUGACAAUGCGUAUAAAAGAGACCCAAGAAUACUGAGGAGAAAGGAAGAGGAGAGAGCUGAGAAGCAGAGGAAAAAGGAGGCUAAGUUUCUGGCCAAGAAGUUGCAGGAGGAGGAAGCUGCCAGGAUUGCUGAAGAGGAGAAAUGUCGGAAAGAGGAGGAGGGAAGACGGGCUGCGGAGGCAGCUUCACAGCAAAAGAAGGUGAAGGAGAAGGAGAAGAAACUCUUACGCAAAGAAAGGGCUCGUCUUAGAACACUUUCAGGGCCUCUUGUAUCGCAACAUUUGCUUGAUCUUUCUGGGGAUGAUGUUGAAAGUCUUUGUAUGUCACUUGAUAUCAAUCAGCUAAGGAAUUUAUGUGACAGGAUGGAGGGGAAAGAGACUGUAGAGCUGGCAAAAGUUCUCAAAGAUGCACUUGGAUAUAAUCGUGAUUCUGAGGCUAAGAAAGAAGAUGAACCAACUCCACAGCAGAACGGUAGUGUAGAGGCUAACGGUAAUGUCUCAUUAGCCAGCUUUGAGAAGAAGGAGAAGCCUUGGAGCAAAGAAGAAAUUGAGCUCUUGAGAAAAGGUAUGUUGAAGUAUCCCAAAGGAACAUCUCGGAGGUGGGAGGUUAUUUCAGAAUACAUUGGUACAGGUAGAUCUGUAGAAGAAAUUCUGAAGGCAACAAAAACCGUUCUCCUCCAGAAGCCUGAUGCUGCCAAAGCAUUUGAUUCAUUUCUUGAGAAGAGAAAACCUGCACCGUCCAUUGCAUCUCCACUUACAACUAGGGAGGAAACGGAAGGGCAAUCGAUGACUCAGGGUUCUCAAAACAGUGCUUUAAAGAUGGAUAGUUCUGAAGAAUCUUCAACCAGAAGCACAAACAACCAGAAUCCUUCUGAUUCGAGUGCUGCUAAUGGGGUUUCUUCAAGUUCGGAGCAAGAUGUGUGGUCUGCUGUACAAGAAAGAGCAUUGGUUCAGGCUUUAAAAACCUUCCCAAAGGAAGCCAAUCAGCGAUGGGAGCGAGUUGCUGCAGCGGUUCCUGGGAAGACUGUGAACCAGUGCAAGAAGAAAUUUGCGUUGCUGAAGGAGAGCUUUAGAAACAAGAAAACUGCUGUUUAGUGUUUUGGGCUUUAUUGUUGAUGGGGCAGAAAAAUUGACAAAUGCAUAUUGGGGGGGUGGUGGGUAGUGGGGGGACUGUUUUUGGGCAUCUAUUUUAUAUUCAGUUCCUUCAGGAUAGGAGUCACUCUAGCUACAUUGUGGUUGAGAUAAAUUUCUUGUUUGUUCUAUUCCAGAUUUUGUUGCUAUGCCAUGUAGGCUUCAUAGUUAACAUUUUUGAAGGGGGGAAAGUCCUAAGAUAGAAAGAGUCUGGAGAUCUAUUUUGUGCUGAUGUGUUUCAGAACACACUUUAUUUAUUAUCACUAUUAUAUCGGCGGUUCAUGAUGUUG